AUGGCCACCUCAAGCCAUCUCUUCCUCAUCAUCCUCAUCACCACCGUCUCAUUCCUCACCUCCUCCGCUUCUCCUCCUCCGUAUCUCACGUCGCAAGAUCACCAACACGCCGACAGAAUCAUCGAAGCAAUGAUCGGAGCCGGAGAUUUCCGUGACUGGGCCGCCGAUUUCCUCUCCUCCGUCGACGAUCAGUUCGGUAUCCCUCUCUCCGCCACCAUUUUCAUCCCAAGCGAUUUCGACUCCGCCGACGUCUCCUCCUCUGCUUCCUCCUCCACCGGAGACAAUGCUAAUAACCCGCUUCGUCUCUCCGUCGCUUACCACAUCGUACCUCAACGUCUCUCGUUCAGUGAUCUCCGUCUCUUGAAACCACUCUCUCGUCUCCCCACUCUUCUCCCCGGGAACUCAAUCGUCGUCACUAACAACUCUGUUUCCGGUUACACCCUCGACGGCGUUCUUGUCUCUGAACCGGAUCUUUUCAUCUCUUCUUCUAUCGCUCUUCACGGUGUUGCUUCCACGCUUGAUUACUCACGUUACGGCGAUUUAGGUGACGGUGAUACUGCUUUCGCUGAUAGUCUCCGUCCUCGACGUUCUCGUCGCCGCCGUCGUCACCAGCAUGGUGGUUUUGGACCUCUUGGUGGUAACGACGAUAAUGGUGACGGUGAUGAUACCAAUCAAACCUCGGUUUCGUUUUUCACUGUACCUUACUCAUCAGCUGGCUCGUUCUUGGUUCCAUUGGCGGCUCUGGCUUUGUUCUGACUCUAUGUUCCGGUGACGUUUUCCGGCGUACAACCGUCAAGAUUCAACUAACGGCGGGAAAAAUAUAGUUCUUUUUGGUUACUUUCAAGAUUUUUUUAGACUAA